CUUGCCCCAGUCUGGGAAGGAGAGGAGGAAGGUCCUUGCUAGUGGCCCAUCCCCUGUAGGCCCAGGGAAAAAGCAGAGUUGCAGCCAUGAAUGGCACAGAGGGACCCAACUUUUACGUCCCCCAUUCCAACAAGACUGGGGUGGUCCGGAGCCCCUAUGAGGAGCCCCAAUACUAUCUAGCCGAGCCAUGGAUGUUUUCCUGCCUGGCGGCUUAUAUGUUCAUGCUGAUUGUCCUGGGCUUCCCCAUCAACUUCCUCACCCUCUACGUCACCAUUCAGCACAAGAAACUGCGAACACCCUUAAACUACAUCCUUCUGAAUUUGGCAGUUGCUGAUCUCUUCAUGGUAAUUUGUGGCUUCACCACCACCCUUGUAACCUCCCUUAAUGGCUACUUUGUCUUUGGAACCACUGGCUGUCAAAUUGAAGGCUUCUUCGCCACCACAGGAGGUGAAGUAGCCCUCUGGGCCUUGGUGGUUUUGGCCAUUGAGAGAUAUAUUGUGGUCUGCAAGCCAAUGAGCAACUUCAGGUUUGGGGAGAACCAUGCCAUCAUGGGUGUCGUCUUCACUUGGAUCAUGGCUCUGGCUUGUUCUGUUCCACCCCUCUUUGGCUGGUCCAGGUAUAUUCCAGAGGGAAUGCAAUGUUCAUGUGGAAUUGACUAUUAUACUCUCAACCCUGAGUUCAACAAUGAGUCUUUCGUCAUCUACAUGUUCGUGGUUCACUUCACCAUUCCACUGACCGUCAUUUUCUUCUGCUAUGGACAACUGGUCUUCACAGUCAAAGAGGCUGCAGCCCAGCAGCAAGAGUCUGCUACCACCCAGAAGGCUGAGAAGGAAGUCACCCGUAUGGUCAUCAUCAUGGUCAUCGCUUUCUUGAUUUGCUGGGUGCCCUAUGCUUCUGUGGCUUUUUACAUUUUCACUCAUCAAGGUUCUGACUUUGGCCCAAUCUUCAUGACCCUCCCGGCUUUCUUUGCCAAGAGUUCAUCCAUUUACAACCCAGUCAUCUACAUCAUGAUGAACAAGCAGUUCCGAACCUGCAUGAUCACCACUCUCUGCUGUGGCAAGAAUCCAUUGGGUGAUGACGAAGCCUCCGCCACAGUCUCCAAGACGGAGACCAGCCAGGUUGCUCCUGCAUAAGCUCUGAGAAGGGCUCCUUCUACACCUGGCACACACGAGACCCCCCAAAGGACGCCAAGAGCUCACCUCUAGGAAUGUCACCCUUGCCCCUAACUCCUGAUUCACAGCUACCCACUGAGAGUGACUGGACAGCAUUAGGAGCAGUGUCUGUCCAUCAGAAGAAGACUUUACCCAGUACCCAAAUUUUGAAA